CGCCUCCACUGAGGCUCGAACCCACCCCCUCCCAUUUGGGGGUGCAACCGGGUGCCACUAGACCACAAAGUCUUUGGCGAAUUCCAUAUAGUUGAAUCACUUAUAUCCAUAUUUAAUAAAUCCUAAAUAAACAUGGUUUUGUUGCAGGUGAAAUUCAGAUUGAUAAUCUUUCGCCCGUUUAGGGGAGAGGUCAUAGCAGCAAGGCUAAAAGAAUCCAAUGCACAGGGUUUACGCUUAUCACUUGGAUUUUUUGAUGACAUCUAUGUACCAGCUGUUUUGAUGCCGAAUCCUUCACAUUCUGAGCCUGAUCCUGAAAGCAGGAACCAGGUGAGGUGGAUAUGGGAGUAUGAAGGAGAAAAAUAUCCUAUAGAUGGUACAGAUGAGGUUAGAUUCCGAGUUCUCGAAAUUAGCUAUCCAUCAUUACCUUUAAAUCAAGAUAAAGAUGCAAAGCCAUUUGCUCCUAUGUUGAUCACGGGAUCACUUGAUGCGGAUGGUUUGGGUCCCGUUUCAUGGUGGGUGUGAAGUAACGGACACAGGAAAGGUGUUUUGAGAGGAUUGAUGAUCUCGGAACUUUCCCUUUAAGUUUAUCAUCGUUUUGGAGGACUAUAGCAAUUGUAAACAUUGUAGUUUAACGAAUCAAUUUGUGGUGAAUUUAUGCAAUACAACCUCGUGUACUUAUCCAAGUACAGUGGCAUAUGGAAGGUGUUUGAAUUAGAAUGCACAUGUAUUUUAUGUUUAAUUA